AUGUGCUUCAACAGCCUCCUUGCAUCUCCAAAACAUGACACCGCGCACCAAUGUCUGGCUGUGAGGACUGCACUUGAACUUUCGGAGGCGUUGCUGCACCACGGUGUCGCCGAUGUGCUCAGGCAGUAUGGCGCUAAGACUGAGCGCAACCCGCACUUCGAGGAAUGGGCGUUGUGCCUUGCCGCAGCGAAUGGCAGUGUGCAAGGCACCACUCGUUGGCUUGGGCACGGCGAGGUGGACUGGCGCGACCCUCCCCCAAGUAUGAGAAGUACCGCGCUGAUGUAUGCGGCUGCUGGUGGCCACUCUGACGUCGUCAUGUCUUUAUUGGAGGCCCAGGCUUGCCCUGCAUUGGUGGACCAGAAGCAGCGUGCGCCCUUCGAGAUGGCUCGUGAGGUCGGUGCUGAAGCACUUGCACGCUAUCUGCAGCGUACUGCUGAGCAUUGGCGGAGCUCGAACCCUAGCUCCAUGCUUGCGCCUGCCGAGUGGCAGAAGCCAUCAGGAUGGCGAGAGGCUGCGCCCGAGGUGGAUCCAGAAGGCUCGAAGCUGGCUGGCCUAACAGCUGCCGUUCAAGCCAGCCGCAGCAUGCAGGGAAAGGGGAAGAAGGUCAUCAUCGAAGUCCUGAGAGCUACAGGCCUUCAAGCCGGUUUGUUCCUCCACAGCUUGGAUCCCUUCGUGAAGGUGCGUGUUGGACAAGAGGUGCAAGAGACCCAGUACGUCGUCAGCAUCACAGAUCCAGAGUGGAACGAGCAGUUCGAGUUCUUCAUCAUGGGCACUGAGGUGAUCAUCUUUUCUGUGUGGGACUACGACCUCACAGGUGGCGAGGAUCACGACUUCAUCUGUCGUGCCGAGCUUCCACUGAAGCAUCAUGUCAAAGAGCUGUACAAGGGGCAGAAGGUCAUGCUCGAGCUUCACCUUGAAAACAAGACUCACGAUGAUGAUUCCACCCUGUUUGUCUCCAUGCAGCUGGCAGAUUUCGUGUCGAAGCCUCGGGAUGCAUUUGUGGUGUGGGCCGUAUGGUUCAACAUGCACUCUAUCACAGAUUGA